AUGGCGUCCAACUUACCCAAGAAGGUGCUUAUCUUUGGUGCCACUGGCGUCAUCGGUCACUUCAUCAUUCGGGAAAUCGUCAACGCUGGGUCAUCAUUUGACAAGAUCGGACUGUUCACAUCGCCAGAGACCGUAAAGAACAAACCCGAUGAGAUCAGUGGAUGGAAAGAGAAGGGUGUUGAGAUCAAUGUAGGCGACGUAAACUCCGAAGAAGAUGUAAAGAAAGUCUAUGAGAGGUAUGACACAGUUAUCACAGCGCACGGCCGCAACGCCAUCUUGACCCAGAUCUCCCUUCUACAACUCGCCUCAGACUCACCAACAGUCAAAUACUUCUACCCAUCUGAAUUCGGCACAGACAUCGAAUACGGUCCUUCUUCGGUUAACGAAAAACCCCAUCAGCUGAAGCUGCAAGUACGAAAGUUCAUUCGCGAGAAUGUCAAAGACUUAAAAGUCACUUACCUGGUCACGGGACCGUACUCUGAUCUGUUUUUCGCGCCGAACAAAGACCCACGCAUCGGCUCGUUCAACGUCAGAGAGAAGAGGGCAACGCUGUUGGGUACCGGAGAGGAGGAAAUCAGUUUCACAACGAUGAAGGACGUUGGACGUUUGCUUGUUGCUGCGCUCAAAACUCCGACUGCGGACUCGGAGAGAAUUUUGAGAGUCAACUGCUUCACGACGACGGGUAAAGGCGCAGUCGCCGAAUUCGAGAAACAGACUGGUGCGAAGUGGGAUGUGUCUGUAACUUCUCUGGAAGAGUUUAAGAAGCUUGAGCAGCAGGCUUGGGAGGAAGAUUGGCCUUGGAAGACUCCGAUCACGUUACGUCGUAUCUGGACGGAGGGAGGUACGUUGUACGAGAAAAGAGAUAACGGAAAGAUAGGCUUGGAAGAUGGUUUAGAGACGUUAGCUGAUCAGGUUGAAAACAUUAUCGCAAAGCAUGGUUGA